AUUGAAGGUGGUGGAGGCGGGACAGCGGAGGAUGAGUCCCGGGCCUAUUCUAACCCCACUUUUUCUCCUUCCGCACAGCGGGUUUCCGCUUCCCUCCAGGGCACUGGGUGAGGCAGUGAGGCCGAGGCUCGACGAGGUAGCGCCGCUAUGUGGCCCCCGGACGCAGAGCCGGAGCCUGAUCCAGAGUCCCCGGACCGCCCCCGAAGUGGCAGGACAGUGCCCGGGCUCAGCGCCCUGCUGCCCGCGCGCGCCUUCCUCUGCUCGCUCAAAGGUCGCCUCCUGCUGGCCGCGUCGGGUGUUUCUUUCAUUACCUUCAUCUGCUAUGUGGUGUCCUCCGCAUCUGCCUUCCUCACAGUCCCUCUGCUGGAGUUUCUGUUGGCUGUUUAUUUCCUCUUUGCCGAUGCCAUGCAGCUGAAUGACAAGUGGCAGGGCCUGUGCUGGCCCAUGAUGGACUUCCUGCGCUGCGUCACUGCUGCCCUCAUCUACUUCGUCAUCUCCAUCACUGCUGUUGCCAAAUACUCAGAUGGGGCUUACAAAGCAGCUGGAGUUUUUGGCUUUUUUGCCACAAUUGUGUUUGCAAUUGACUUCUACCUGAUCUUCAAUGAAGUGGCCAAAUUUCUCAAGCAAGGAGACUCUACCAAUGAGACCACAGCCAAUAGGACAGAAGAAGAUAAUUCCAACUCGGACUCAGACUCGGACUGAAGGCCUGUCUGUGCCUGGCAACUGGAGCCACUCAGGCCUCCCAUCCAUACCUUCCUGAUGGGACUUCAGGAGCAUGGCAGUGGAUUCCCACAGAAGAGCCGACAGAGGAAUCAGUCUCUCGAGGUGACACUCCUGAGCCUCACUCUCAAAAUUGGCUGUGCUGGCUUAGUACUGCUCAGCUAGCACAUUAGGGCACUCUGAAUAUCCUACCUUCUCCCAUUUCCGUCCUAAAGACCUUUUAACCUCACUGCCCCACAGACGCAGACACAUCAACUGGAACCAGUCACUACAGUUCAUGUGGUAGCACAGGGUGGGGCAGGGCUCUUUCACUAACAGGGACAGACAGAAACCACAGCAGGCUGACCCGUCCAGCCUCAGUGGGCUCUGCAUGCUCUGCAUGGAGUGUUCCUAUUCGUGCCUGCACUUUGUGGAGAUAACUUUCAGGAAUCUUUGUUCAAGAAGUUUCCCUUCUCACUGUGAAACAGGGGAAAACCUAACUAGCCAAGUCCUCCAUUGUAGGUCUGAGACCUUUUCAGAAAAAGGCCCAGAGACCUGUUUACCGGGGCUAACAGACAGGGAGCCAACCAGUGCAGUGGCAGUGACAAAGUCACAAAUGGCUGGGCAGGCCCAGUCAAGCCCUCUUCUCCUGGGGAUGCUACAAGAGAAAGUGUUUCCUCUGGACACCUGGACAGGCCUACUGGUAACAUGGGCCUUCAUUUGACCGCUAGCUGAUAGCGUGUAUGUCGUUGAUAUUUUCUAACUUUUUUUCUAACUUUUUUGUAAUUUUUUUAUUCAAAAGCAAUGUAACAAAUGGCAUUUUCUGUGACCCAAGAGGUCCCAUGAAUGAACCAGAGUUCUGGGCCCAUGUCUUGGGCAUUUGUAACCUUCUUCCUACCUUGCAUGUGAAUCCCUUCCCUAAAAGAAUGCCACAAUGUAUUAAAACAAACUGAUUACCUGCUCAAA